AUGGCUCAACUGCUUUGGCCACAACCUCCACCUUGCUGUUUCCAUGGUCUAGACAGUGACAAAGAACGGACAGCACGUGCCAUAGGACUCUGUAAAAGCUUGGUCAACACUUUCAACCUGAGCUUCCUUAAAAAGAGAGACCUGAGGAAGGCACAGAAUGAAGCUAAUCUCCCUCAGCACAAUCUCAUUCUGGAUGUUGUCACACGAUGGGGCACUAAACAGAAGAUGAUGGAGAGGGUGUUGGAGCAACUCCCAGCCAUUAGACGAGUCCUGGUUCAAGACAGAAAGCACUGCCAUCUCAACCCAACCUGGCAGGAUGUUUCGGUGUUAGAGUCCAUCAACGCAGCUAUUAAACCACUGGCUGACUUUACAGAUGUCCUUUCAGGAGAAAGAUACGUCACAGUGUCCUCUGUUAAGCCUGUGCUAGAACUGAUUAAAGGCGACCUUCUCUCUCCAGGCCCUGAUGACAGCACACUGACUGCCAGUAUUAAAAAAAACAUAUCCACGAUACUGACUGGAAAAUACACCUCACCUGCCAUCCAAAACCUCCUGACAAAGGCCACCAUCUUGGAUCCAAGGUACCGUGGCAGCAUGGAACAGGCAGGGUCAUUGGUUGACAUCAAACAUCAGCUGGUGCAAGAGCUACUGGACUUAAAAGGACCAGAAGUAAGUGAAAAAGGUGUAAGUGGUGAGGGUUCCAGCCAAGCUGCUGGAGGAAACAAAGAUGAAUCUACAGCUGCCCCACCCACCAAAAAGAAGAGGCUAAGUGACCUUCUUCAAAACAGAAGAGCUCAACUCACAGUUCAGACACAGGCUAUGUACUCAAAAAGAGAGCAGGCUGAUGCAGAACUGACAAAGUUCCUUCAAGAAGAUGCUAUUGAUGCCUCUUGUGAUCCCUUGAUGUGGUGGUGUGACAAUCAAAGAAGAUAUCCUUUGAUGGCAAACUUGGCUAAGAAAUACAUGUGUAUUUGUGCAACAAGCACCAGUUCAGAGAAAAUGUUUAGCACAGCUGGAAACAUUGCUACUCCUGAGAGAUCCUGCCUUAAGCCACACAAACUCAACAUGUUAGUAUUUCUUGCUCGGAAUCUGUCUGACUAAAGUAGCUACAGAUCUACUUAAAGAUUGUUCAGGCAUCGGUCUUAUUUAAGAAUGUGCUUUUGUUACUUUGCACUUUUUGUUUAUAAAAUGGCAGUUUUGCCCAUCUUUAUUUAAAU